AUGCGGUGGGUCGGUGUGUUUCUGGGGCUCUUCCUUCUAGCCCGCCCGUCUGGGUUUUUGGAUGGCACUUCAGCUCACGAAGCAGCUUGUCCAUUUUUCCACGUGGCUGAGCCCGAAGGCGGCUCUGUGAACACCUCCAUCCCGAAUGCCACCUACUUUUCAGAGACGUCUUUCUUCGUGCAGAAAUAUAACACCUCAACUUCGUCGUGGGACGAUGUCAUUUACUCCUCUGAGGAUGACUCCCAAAACGUCCGCAGUUCCUUCAAGGAGACGCUCUCCUUUUCUGGUGGCUACUUCAAGAUGGAGAACGUGAGCAAAGGGGCUGAAGGAGUUUACAGGAUUCAAGGUGAAAUGUACAGGAAGUGUGUGGCUAUUGUAAACCUCACCGUGGUAGAGUCCAGCUCAAUCCCACCUACUGUGUCUGGGACCUCUGGUGCUGAGGAGGAACCUCGCAGUGAGACCAAAGCGGAGGAGCCAGCGUCCUGGAAUCUUCUCACGAUUCUUCUGGUGGUGGCAGCUGUGGUAGUGCUGCUAGUGUGUGUAGUGCUGCUAGUCUUACUAUGCAAAUAUGGGUUUCAGAAAGCUAGAGAAAAAGUGUCUGCCAACCUGCGACACGUCUUCAGGAAGGUGCUGACUCGUCUGUCUUCGAACCCUGCUUCCUCCCAGCAGCCUAGAAGUCCGCAGGAUUCACAGGAAUAUGAGCUCACCGAUGUGCAUGACUGGGAUGGGGACCAGGCCCAGGGAACCAGAAACAGGAAUCGAGACCCAGCCCCGGAGAAUGGUGAGGGAGACCUGCUAAUGGAGGACAGACGCUUCACCCAGGAAACCAGAGAGAGGGAUCCAUUAUGUGAGGACACGGGCCCAGCCCAGGGAACUGGAGUAGCGUUGCCAAUCGUCCAGGAUUGA